UUGUUCCCGUAUUUACAUUUGGUUACAUUUUAGCUGUAUACAAACACCGAACGCUCAUCCAUUUGGUUUCGACUGGAAAUGUUAAUUUUGCUGCUGUUUUCUGCCGUGUUUAUCGUCGAAACUGCACAAAUUACCAAAGAUAAGGAUGCUGCCGUGUCGAACCAAUCGGCCACAUUCAAUCCGCUAAGCCCGCUGGUAAAAUGUUCGUUCCUGCCGCUGGAGUUUAUGGACUGCGAUGAGCCGAUCAACCUGAAAGGGAACCGAACUGCCCGGGAUGCAGGUGCUAACGGGUGCGUAAAGUUUGGCGGUGUCUACUACGACGAGGUGGAAGUAACGAAGGUGAACUGUAUCGUGUUUGAAAACAUCGAAUGCUACGGAGCACGGGAGUUUCUGCGCGAUGGAUUCCCGUGCGUUAAGUACACGGAUCACUACUUCGUCACGACGCUGCUGUACAGUAUUUUGCUCGGAUUUCUCGGCAUGGAUCGCUUCUGCCUCGGUCAGACGGGUACCGCCGUUGGGAAGCUGCUGACACUGGGCGGUGUCGGAAUCUGGUGGAUCGUGGACAUUGUGCUACUGAUCACCAACAAUCUACUUCCCGAGGAUGGUAGCAAUUGGAAUACGAAGGUGUGAUAGCAAGAUUGCGAUAAAGACAUUUGUUGUUCGGAUGGUAUCUUUUGGCACGCAGAUCGAAUUAAUAAACCGAUGUAAGAUAUAGAGACAUUUGUAUUUUUUCUUAACAUAAACAAUGAAAAUGGUUUAUCAAACAAAUAAAGGACACGCUAGCGUUUGCUUCCUGGAGCAAACAGUCGCUUCGAAGCGAAUAAAUAGAGAGUUCGCGAAUCAAUUGUAGAUAUUGGACAAGAGUUAUACAAUAAAAAUAAAAAAUCUAUGACAUUUUGCCAUUUUUUAGAAUUCA